UUAUCCAGUUUAGUACUCGCCGGUCGCGGUUCAAAAUCAUUUUUUCAAACAGCGGCGGCCGCGGUAGCAACUAUAUCGGAGAAAACUCCGUUUGCUCCCAUUGUAAUAUCGCUACCGAUAAAAUUAUUGGAUCGAGUCAUUAUCUAGAACUAACAGUACGACAUCAAGUGACAGCGAUUACUUUAAAUUACCGUAUCACAUGUCCAUACACAAUUUUCUAAAAUGAACUCAUCCGCAGUACAUUCGAAUCUCGUCGGGCACUGAAAAAUAAAAAAAUUGCGAAAACUCUAGUUUUGCUGGAUAUUCGACGUUGAGACUUAAGUGCGGUGGCCGUUGAGGCAGACGUUGUGGUGGUUAUUUCUUAAGUGGUUAAAUUGGAGGAGCAGAAGAACGCAUCAAUUGUUUCCUGACGUCACUUUAUUUCCGGCGUUGAGAGGCAAACCAUGUUGCUUCUUCUUACCUACGUCUGUCCUUUCCUGGUAAUAAUUCUGGCUCGGCCGGACCGGCACGCUCUACAUCCAUGUCCUGGCCCCCCCGAUAGGGGGCCUUGUAAUAGGAACAGUUACAAAUGGGCCUUCGACCACGACCGACAAGAGUGCAUCGGUUUCCUAUGGGGCGGAUGCGCGGGGAACGACAAGAACAGGUUCGACAGCGAGCAACAAUGCAUGGAAAGGUGUUUGUCGAUAUUAAGUUCUACGCCAUUUUCCACCAACUCUAGCACCGUGGUACCCAAAGAAGAAAGAGGACCUCAACUUACUUUUCAAGAAACUGGAAACCAAAACAUUUUCAUGUUCGCCCAGUCCAAUACUUUUAUUCAAAUAGACGGUGAUAUAAUCCAGACAUUUCAAUUAAGGUUAUGUCGUCAAAUCUCAUUCCAAUUUCGAACUAGACUGCCCCACGGUCUUCUAGUCUACCAUAACGUGCAGGUACCUACUGGGGUGUCCUUACAACCAUACGCCCUGUACAUCAUAGUUCAACAGGGUCAGCUAAAAGUCGUGCAUGUCUAUGGAAAACAUUCCACCGCACUUACUGUAGGAAGAGGCUUAAAUAAAGAUGAAUGGCACUCAGUUACGGUAAGGAUCGACGUACACAGUGCUAGACUUAUGGCUACAGUAGAUGACAUGAAAGAAGAAACAGAUCUGAUGGGGCUCGACAAGGAAAAUAAUUACGGCGUCUCGGCAAAUGUUACCUCAGUGAUUCUCAUUGGAGGCUUAAGCUCCGAGGAAAGAUUACACGGGGUGAAGUAUAUAAUCGAAUCCUUCGUUGGUUGCAUAAAGGAUGUUAUAUUGAGCACAGGAAAAUCUGCAUCUGAUUUGUUGCCUAUCACCCCUUUAAUAGCCACCAAACACGAGAAUGUGCAAGAGGGUUGCAUCGACAAGUGUAGGACUAUGGAAAAUCUUUGUUUUAAAGGGUCUAGGUGCAUAAAUCACUACAACGCCUUCACAUGUGACUGUUUCGGUACCAAUUACGAAGGAGAGUAUUGCGAUAUUUACACUGCGACUAUCUUAACAUUAAGAGGAUCAUCUUACGUGUCCUACAGAGUAUACGACUGGAAAGACAGAGUCCACUCAUCAGUCACGAGAUUUUCUAUGUUGUUCAAAACGAGAUUCGACAAUUCAGCUUUGCUGUACGCAGCUGGUGGUGAUCUUGGCAUAGACCACUAUAUCGCUGCUUCCAUAUACAACAAUUCUGUCUUCAUAGAAGUAGACUUUGGGGAAGAUCCAAUAGUAACGAUUCUUGGACGAACAUCAGACUUUAAGUUAUAUCAAUGGAACAAUUUAACAAUCUUCCAUGAAUACGACAAACUGCAUUUAAUAUUAAACGAGGAAAAGGUCACAUUAAACAUAACAGGCGAUCCAUUGUUGUACAUCGAUCCAGAAAUCUACAUUGGAGGAGGACCUGAGUUGCAGAAAAAGACCGGUCUAAAGUCAACAAACAACUUCGUGGGUUCCCUCAAAUACGUCUUCUAUAACGACAUAUCGAUAAUCUACGAGUUAAAUAAGAACAACCCCAAAGUACAUUACAUCGGAAUACUCAGGCCCGAGUUCUACGAGGUAGACGUGAAGGAAAUCCCCAUUACGUUUCCCUUCUCUUCGUCGCACAUCUGGUGGCACAACAACCACACCGACAGCUUAUCCUUGUCGUUCAACUUCAAGGCAAGCAGCAAUCUCAGCGUGAUUGCUUCCAGUGAGGCCCAAACUGGUAUCUACUGGGAGGUGCGCGUGGUCAAUGACGAAGUCAGGUUCGAAUUAUCCGACAACACGAAGAACGUAACACAUCUGAUCAGCGUCAAGAAGACCCCAGGGAUCUGGCACUCCCUCAACCUCACGUACUCCGAAGGUGACCUCCAUAUGUGUGUGGACAGUCGCGAGAAACAAGAGAAAAUCGGAGACCUGAAGUUCGCCAUCGGUGACAAGAUCAAGGUGGCCGCAGGUUCGAGGUCAAACUCGGGUCUCGUGGGGUGCAUGAUGGACAUAGUGGUGAAUGGUGCGCGUCUAGAACCGAGGUCUAUCUUGCAGAGCGAAAGAGUGGUCGGUGAGGUGACGCUGGACGACUGUCGGUUCAUUGACGCGUGUUUGAGGCCCAACACUUGUGAACACGGUGGCAAGUGUUCGGUGAAGGAAGACAGACUGAUCUGUGACUGUACGAAUACGGGCUAUAUCGGGAAGAACUGCCACUUUGCCCAGUACAGGAAGACCUGCGAAGAGUUGGCACUUUUGGGCUAUACGAAGCCAGAUGUUUAUCUGAUCGACAUAGACGGAAAUGGCAGAUUUCCCCCCGCCCAUGUCCGUUGCGAGUUCCAGAGCCUUGAAGACGCCACCAAGACCAUCGUAGAACACAACCUGCCCAGCCAGAUAGACGUACGUUCUCCGUCCGAGAAAGACUUCAGUUUCAGCAUCAAGUACAGAGAGUUCAACGCCGAGAUGUUGCAGGAGCUCGUCUCUCAUUCCCUUAACUGCAGCCAGUACAUCAAGUACGACUGCCAGAGGGCGCCCCUGGAGCUGCAUUCCGCUACUUGGUUCAUAAGUUCGGCAAAUCAGACCGUCGAUUUUAUUGGAGAUGUGAAAAAGGGUACAUGUCCCUGUUCUAUAGGAAAAAAGUGCGAAAAUAAAUCGCAAUGGUGCAACUGCGAAGACAUCGAGGAUGACAAGUGGUACACAGACGACGGGUACUACACAAGCGGAAAUAGUCUGGGCAUCACCGAAAUGGUUUUCAUACAGCAGCGCGACCUUCCCGCGGAUGCCCUGGGAAGGAUAACGCUGGGUCCUUUGGAAUGUGUGGAGACGAAUACACAGCGAUAUGUUGUUACUUUUACGACAAGCCAGUCGUACAUAGAAGUCCCUGGUUGGCGAAAAGGAGAUUUGGCGUUCUCUUUUAGAACAACAGGCAAAAAGGCCAUUCUUUUAUACCAGCCCCCAAUACGACCAAAUUAUCCUAGCUUCAUGGUUGCUUUAACAAGUGACUUUCAGCUGACGUUCAAUUUCACGCUAAACACCGGUGUAUCUAAAGAACUUGUAAUAGAUUCCGGUAGAAAGCUAAACGGAGGCGAAUGGCACAAAGUUUGGAUAGAUUACAAUAAGUACCACGUGAGAUUCAUGAUUAACGAGGACUCCCAAAUGGUUAAUCUAAAACCAGAAGAAGAAUUUGGACCUUUUGAAGGGUCUAUGUUUAUUGGGGGAGCCAUAAGUGACCUCCUUGACCCGAAAUCGUCCGUGCACCAAGGUUUGAUCGGAUGUUUUCGCGGUUUAGUUGUCAACGAAGAAAUCUUGGAUAUUUACAGCUACAUGAGCGUCCACCUGAGUGAAAUAAUCAAAGACUGCAAGCCUUCCUGUGUUCCAAACCCAUGCCAGAACGGAGCUCACUGUAAGGAGCUCUGGAGCAACUUUGAGUGUAUCUGUCCAAAUCGAUGGGCUUACAGCGGAGAACAUUGCGAAACUAAUAUCAACACGAACGCCAUUACUUUCACCCAUCCAGAGUCAUUCUUACGGAGGAACUACUUGACCAACGACACAAGCUUAGAGAAAGGCGUUUUAAAGAAAAUGUUCCAAGAGCAGAUAUUGGUGAACCUCCGCACGUACGAAAACGUGGCUCUGAUAUUUUACGCAAACGACCAUUUGAACAAUUUCGUUCACCUGUACAUCGAAAAUGGAACGCAAGUUGUGUUUUUGUUCAACUACGACAAUGAGAUUCAUAACGUUACCGUGAAUUAUUCAGAACUGAACACAAGCAAAUCGAUUCAAAUAGCUAUAGAGCGCGACGAAAAUAAAACAACUUUGCACGUGAACGACCAAAAUAACACCAUCGCUGCCGGUGUGAAACUUAUACAGGAAUACUCCAAUAAACCUUGGAUAAACCCUGAAAGAGAGGUGUUUGCACCACAAAGACCUCCGGCUCCUCCCACGGAAUAUUUCCAACUCAAUCUGGGCGGUUUUGACCCUGAAACUUUAUUAAAGGUCUCUGAAUACCCACCGAAAUUACCAGGAUACGUAGGUUGCCUAAGAGGACUUAAAAUCGGCGAUACCCUAAUGGAUUUACCGUCCAAGGUCAACGAAACAGAUGACAAAGGUGGAUUUAUUGCCUUUAACUUUAAUUUUUCUCUUCCAACUGUUUAUAUUUUAGGAGUUAUUGCCCACUGCAACAUGAAAUGCGACGAGGUUCCGUGCAAGCACGAGGGUAUCUGUAUUGAAGACUUUCGAAACCAAGAGCAUACAUGCGAUUGCGAACACACUAGCUACUACGGGGAGUUCUGUUCCGAAGAGAAAGGAGCCGAAUUUAAUGGAGAAUCAAUACUGUGGAGAGAGUAUGUUCUAAAUGGAUCUGUAGACCACGUUAAGUUCCAGCUAGCGUUUUCCACAGUUGACGUCAGGCAGAAGAAUACUAUAUUGUUGCUACUUCAGACGGAAAACAAUCGGAGUUACUAUCUACUAGUGGGCUUAAGUCUGGAAGGAUAUCUUACAGUUCAGGAAGAUAGAGAAGGUGCUGUGUUUUCAGCGACUGUUAAUAAAAAGAAUUUUAUCAAUGGUGCUAGGCACUCCGUCUACUACAAAAGAGAUGCUAACGAUUUCGAACUGUACAUUGAUAGGGAGUUGACACCAAUGAAACAAAUCCCAGCUCAAAAAUUUACCCACAUCCCCGAAUUGGGCGCUAAUGAAGUCCAUAUUGGUGGACAUGACACUAAUGAUCCCAGGUUUGCCAUUUACAAGAGAUAUAGUGGAUGUCUGUCAAAUAUUUUCAUUGAAGUAAAUGAACACACUAUGAAGCCAUUAGAAGAAUACAUGCUUUUUACGAGUAAUGGAGCUGAAAAAGUCAACGUAUCCAAUCAGCAUGGAGUCAGAAGUGCACAGUGUAGUGCAGACUUUGAUGUUAUCCACGAAAAAACUCCACUAACCACGAAUCUCAAUAUAAGUCAGGGUGCUGAUAAAACAUGGGUACAAGAUGCACCUCAGCGCAAACCAUACCACUCAAUAUACUCCACAACUACCGAAGAAGAAGAUGGCAAAGAGCAGCUUAUCGUCAUAAUUCUGGCAUCAUUUUUCCUGUUGGUUAUAAUCAUUUUUGGCUACCACAUCUACAUAACUGACAAAAGGUAUAAAGAGAGAAAGGAAUUUGAGACUGACGCUAGUAUAAUACUUUCCAAGCAGCAGGCAGCAAUACUUCAGGAAAAUAGUAAACCCCCCAGUGACACGGAUGAAGUGAAACCACUUACGCAAAAUGGUAAACUACCAAAUGCAAAUGGUAAUGGUACCACUGCAAACGGUAAAAAUAAACAUGAACCCAUCGUUGAAAAAGCUGUUGUUGAAGUUACACCGAUUCCAGAAGAAGUUCCACUGAAACCAUUGAAGGCAGACAGUAAACGAGAGAAACAGAGAAGAAUAAGUUUCAGAGACAGUGCCAGCGAAUUGGCCUGGGACAAUCCUGAAGAAGCUUCCGACCUCUUAAGCCCUAUGCCUGAAGAGGACGAAGAUGAAGAAUCCGAAGAAGAAUUGAGUCUAAAACCUGUAAGUAUUGUGAAUCCUACGGGUAACAUAGAAAGCAUGGCCCCUCUCAGCUCUAUAAGCGAAGUGACCCUAUUUAAUCCUGAUCGGAGAUCAUUGGUAAGCACUGAUGAAGAAUAGUUUUUUAACAGCUUGGUCUAUUUGUCGAUACGUUGGUACUUGUGUUCCAAAAAAACAGGAUUAAGGAUGUGUGCUAAUUAGAGCUUUAGCAUGUACAUAAUCGCGCCCAUCGUUCAUAAAUACAAUUCGUUUAACAAAUGCUUGGACCAUUCUUCGACACUCAUAACUUUUCACGACAUUACAAUCAACUGAAAUGGAAAUUCAUCCACUACCAGAAAAUGGUAAACAAAAUGCAUGUCAACAAGUUGCAGGAGGAAUGCAUGAUAUGCAUGAUUAGUUAUUUAUAGGAUUGCGACAGCAUGGUGUACGUUAUUUUAAUAUGUUGGUGGGACUAACACGAUCACGAUUUAAUUUAGGCUAUACCAGUACCAUUAACACCAUCGGCACGACGUCUAAGGAGCCCACCACCACAUAGCAACCCAUUGGCAACUCAACUGCCUUAUAUGAUAGAUGAGAUGGGGGCUUAAAUUAAUCAACAGUCAUAACAAAAUCAUUAUUUUCAUUCACGUUGGGUAAUGGUUCAUUUUGGAUGAUUUUAUCAAAUAAUCAAACAAAAAUAUUGAUAGAUGUAGACAGACAUUCACAAAUUUCAGGAAAAAAUCUUAUGGAAGUUCAUGAUGAAACAGAAAAAUUGGUAAAAUCAUUCUCAGUUGUAAUUUGGAGUUUCCAAAAUUUAAUAUCUGUGGUUGUCAGUUAUCUGUGGUGUAGGAUUAUUUGUUGAGAGUGGAUAUUAUAUUUCUUGUCAACUAAUGACUGAUGUUGGUUAAAAAUUAUAAAAGUAUUUAAUAAACAUAAUCAUAUUUUUGUUUUAUUUUUAACAGGUUCGAUGAUCGUCAUGUCAGAAUUUUAGUUCUCUUAUUUCGUUUAAUUAUCAAAUAAUAUGUUUUUCUUGCAAAAGGUAUCAUCAAGCUUGUGAAACAUCGAUGUAAAUACAAAAUAAAAACAAUGGCAUUUUGCUAAACUAGAUAUUCGUAUAGUGCAAGCAGUAGAACUAAUAUGUUUGUAAUAUUUGUCUGUACCAAAUAUGUAUCAUCCUCAUAGAAUAACCUUUUGUUCAUGUGGCAUGUUAAAUUGGGUGGUGUUUUUUAAUUAACAAAAUGUAACCAUUCAAAUCAAAGAAUUCGUGAAUUGUCAUUGUACAGACCCUGCAUCAAACACACAGCUUAAUCAGAAAUAUCAAACACAUUAUUCUUAAAAAGAAACAUUAAAAGUAAUCCCUUUAGGCUUCUGUACAUUACUAGCGAUUUUUCCAUUAUUGAAACUUUCAAGUAAACAGCUUUAAAUUUGAAAGCUGUUUCGUGUUUGUAUGUUGCUUUUUCGCUUUCAUUUCUCCCGUAGAGUCGAAAUGAGGUACUUGUAAUUGGAGUUUCAUUGGGGAAGACGAAGAGGUUGCCGAGCAGCUAAGGAAGGAGGGAUUGAAGGGGACAUUUUUGCUCUUUGUUAAAAACUAUCUGACUAGGAGCAAGGUGCGUCAUCCAUAUUUCACGUUGCUUGCGCCUCACAUUUUUUCUGAGGGUUUGGACCGUCAUAGUAAAAUUUCCCAUUGACAGUUUCACAAUGAGUGCAAUGAACUUUUUAGCCUGAAAUGUGGAUGAACAAUAAGUAGAUAUUGCAUUAUGACAAUAAUAAUUCUUCUUUCCUUAUCGUGUAUUUCAUUGACUCUAUCGGUGAAACCAAAGAGAAAACACCGCUGACAGCAGGCCUAAGGGAAUUAAGACUUAUGAUAUCAAUAAUUGUUUUAUAUGCAUAUUUUUGGAACUUUGGCAAAAAACUUAUUUUAAAAAUUAAAUCGCUUUUUAACCUUCCGUCAAAUAAAUAGACAUAUCGUACUUUAUUGCUGCAUCAAUUACAAAUUAUCGAUAAUAUAUUCAGAAAUAACUAAAUUUUCGGGGAGCAUUUUAUAAAAAAAGAAACAAAACAUUCAGCAAUUCAUUAAAAUUAAGAUACAAACUUGAUUAAUACUGAAAA